AUGGCCAAGACAAAAACGCUUAUCAUUUCAGGCCCGAUGGAUGCUAAACACAUUGGUGGCGUGAACGUGCUGGGCGAUAGCGGCUCGAACCUCGACAACUACUUUCCUAGCACUGCGAUAGUGCCGGAUGAGCGACCCUCGCAUACCUUUGUUGCUAUUGGAAGGACUGAAGUACCAAGGCGGUCAGAUACCGUUGCCGGCACGCUACGACGACCGAGUGUUUCCUUGACCAGAGGCCUGUCUAGAUUGAGGCGCAGCUCAUCUUCGCAUCAUACUGAAGUAGCGCGCGGAGCUGGCGGAGAGCAACAGGUGCAUAGUCAAAUGGAGAAUUCCAACAAUGCAGGCAGGUCCUUACGGAUGCAGUCGAGCAUGUCGAAAUUACGGCAAAGGGUUGGACUAGAUCGCGAACUAUACGAUACGACGCCAAUAUCAAAGACGCCCACUCCUGAACCAAGACCUAUACCAGAGCCGGUGCGAAAAGAUUACUUGCCACUGCAAGAAACAAGGGCACUGGCGCGUCUCACCACGACCUCUUCCAUCUACUCGAGUCCAGAUCUCAGUUCUCCAAAAAUAAGGACCCCACACAAACAACAACCUAUAAUUGUUCAGCGAAGACCUCCGCCCUUCGUACAUCAGCUCCCAACCAUGAAUACGCAACCACUCGCAAGAUCGAAGCGCGCAGAUUCGGGUACCGCAAUAGACUUCAAAGACGUGCCUGUGCAGGAGCGGCCAAUCCCUUUCAAGGAGAUAAUGGCAACUCCGACUCUUGCUGAGCGUAUGGCCAUGUACAAGAAGACGCGCGAGUACUGGGCGCAUGCAGAUCACGGUUUGGUAGCAUGGACGGAGCGUGCCGCGGGACCGAAGGUAGCCACUACUGGACUUUGA